UCUCUCUCUCUCUCUCUACUUGCAAAAUGUUCAGUUGCAAUCUCAUACUGGCUUGCUAUUUUGGAAGAUAGAAAUAGGAAAGAGAGUAGCUAGAUGGAACCCCCCUAUGAGCUCUGAAUCUCCACCACCUCACUCAAACCACACCAAUGGCUUCACAGCUGAAAAGGGUAUGCAAAAGAGUUUCUGACUUUUGCAAUUCUUGGGAAAGGAACCAAUCUCCCUCCAGAAGCCGAAGAACUUUCCAUAGAGAUGUUGAACAAGAAGAGUUCCCGUAUGCAAGUAGCCAUUGCCUUUCCUCAUACUACAGCGUCUUUGUAGUUCGCCUUACAAUCAUGGUGAUGCUAGCAAUUUUGAUAGGACUCCUAACCUUGCUAACAUGGCAUUUCACAAGGGUCUACACAGCAAAAUCGCUGGAAAAUCUAGCGUUUGGCCUCCGGUUUGAACUUCUACAACGUCCCAUACUGCGAAUGUGGAACGUCUUGAAUUCCACAGUUGAAAUAACCACAGCACAAGUAAAAUUGUCGGAGUCUGUCAUCAGACGGUACAGCAAGCCCGUUAAUCAAGCACAACAAGUGGAGCAGCUCUAUGAAGUGAUGAAGGAUGUGACAUGGGCUUUAUUUGCGAGUCGUAAGGCUCUAAAAUCGAUAACUAUAAAUUACAAAAACGGGUUUGUCCAAGCUUUCCAUAGGGAUCACAGGAGUAACAACACAUUCUACAUCUUUUCUGACCUUGUGAAUUACUCAAUCAGUGGUUCUUAUGACACAAACACCUUUUCAUCUCGCGGAGGGUGGAGCGAUCAAUCAGUUCGCAAUAACACCACUGCUGUUUGGUACCGGGAGCCGCUUGAUCCUGCCACCGGUGAAGGGAUAGGGAAACCAAGGAAAAUCCCUCCAGAUGAACAAAUCAAUAUUGCAGGGAUUUCACAAGUCCCAGAUGGUGCAGCAUCGUGGCACGUGGCAGUGAGUAAAUAUACAGAUUCGCCUUUGCUUUCAGCUGCAUUACCAGUUCGGGAUGCUGCUAAUGGGAGUAUUGUGGCAGUUGUGGGAGUUACUACCGCGCUUUAUAGUGUAGGCCAGUUGAUGAAAGAAUUAGUUGAGUUUCACAGUGGACACAUUUACUUGACCUCUCAAGAGGGAUGGUUGCUUGCUACUUCCACAAAUGCACCUCUGCUGAUGAAUUCAACAACAGGGCCUAAGCUUAUGAGGCCUACUGAUUCAAAUGAUCCUGUGAUACGUAUGGGAGCUGAGUUGUUGAAGAGGGAGUAUGGGAACAAGUUUCCUCAGAAUCAUGGGGUUCAUGUAGAGAAUGCAAGGCUUGGACACCAGCUUUAUUACAUUGACUCAUUUUUCCUUGACUUAAAGAGGCUUCCAAUGGUGGGGGUGAUUAUCAUUCCGAGGAAAUAUAUAAUGGGGAAGGUAGACGAGAGAGCCUUUAAAACGUUGGUAAUUUUGAUAUCGGCAUCACUGUGUAUCCUAGUUAUUGGAUGUGUUUGCAUCUUCAUAUUGACAAAUGGGGUGUCAAAGGAAAUGAAACUAAGAGCAGAGUUGAUAAGCCACUUGGAUGCAAGGAGAAAGGCAGAGGCCUCUAGCAACUACAAAAGCCAGUUUUUAGCAAACAUGAGUCAUGAACUACGAACACCUAUGGCUGCAGUGAUUGGACUGUUGGACAUCCUUAUGUGUGACGAUUAUCUGACAAACGAGCAAUUUUCAACGAUUACUCAAAUUCGUAAAUGCUCAACUGCAUUACUCCGGCUUCUCAACAAUAUUUUGGAUCUCAGUAAGGUCGAAUCUGGAAAACUAGUGCUGGAAGAAUCUGAGUUUGACUUAGGGAGAGAACUGGAAGGGCUCGUUGAUAUGUUCUCUGUGCAGUGCAUUAACCACAAUGUGGAGACUAUUCUAGACCUCUCCGAUGAUAUGCCAAGAUUAGUUCAAGGAGACUCCGCAAGAGUGGUUCAAAUAUUUGCAAACCUCAUCAGCAAUUCUCUCAAGUUUACAACAUCUGGUUACAUUGUUCUGCGGGGAUGGUGUGAGAAUCCAAACACUUGUAGUGACACCAGGAAGUUCCCCCUCGAUGCAAAGGAACCGUGGAAUACCCGUAAAAGGAAUUUGAAGCAAUAUGUAAACCACCCAAAGAGAUGCUGCAAGAACGAGAACAAAGUGGUUCUUUGGUUUGAAGUUGAUGAUACUGGUUGUGGAAUUGAUCCAUGCAAGUGGGAGUCGGUUUUUGAAAGCUUUGAACAAGCCGAUCCCUCAACAACUCGAAUGUAUGGUGGCACUGGUCUUGGCCUUUGCAUUGUUCGAACAUUGGUGAACAAGAUGGGCGGGGAGAUCAACGUGGUAAAGAAGAAUGGCCCGGGGACUCUGAUGCAAUUAUACAUGCAUCUCAGUACACCAGCAGAUAAUAUAGGAAAGCAUUGUCAACUGAAAUUCACAGAACAUAACUUGAUGGUUUUGCUUGCACUGAAUGGCAGAAUGGGAAGAUUGAUCAUGUCCCAAUGGUUACAGAAAAAUGAAGUAUCCACGAGGGAAGCAUCCGAAUGGAAUGAGCUGACACAAAUUCUCCAGGAAAUCUUUCAAGCCAAAAGUUAUGCAGAACCUAGAGAAUAUUCAAAAGCCGAAUCGUUCAAUAAACAAAACGCAAAGGAUUCCAUUUUCCUCAUAGUUGUCGACAUUGGCUUACUUGACUUGAACACAGAUGUAUGGAGGGAACAACUGAAUUUCCUCAAUACAUACUGUGGGAAAGCAAAAUUUGCUUGGAUACUAAACCACGACACUUCCAAUACAAUUAAGUUGGAGCUUCGUAGUAAAGGGCAUCUAUUGAUGGUUAAUAGACCUCUAUACAAGGCAAAAAUGAUCCAGAUUUUGGAAGCUGUAGUUAAGGAGAAAAAUCUUGAGCUUCAAAACAAAUUAAACUCCUUCAAAUCUACAAAAGAAGAAGGUGAUUUGCAUGUAUGUCUUGAAAUGGACUCCAUUCGAUAUGAUGCAGCCAGUUCUGAUGAUUCUGAUAAGCCAGAAAUGGAACCUUCUGCUUGUCCAUCACAGUCUGAGACAGUUAACAAUUGCUUUGUUAACGAUUUUACUCCAAAUGAUCAAAAUCGUACCAGAUCCAAAUUUUGCGAGAACCCGAAAAGCCUGGAACUAAGUUGUUCUAGUAAAGUCGUUAAUGGACAGAAAUCUCUUGAAGGACUAAGAAUACUGCUAGCGGAAGACACACCGGUACUACAGAGGGUUGCAACAAUAAUGCUGCAAAAGUUGGGGGCUAGUGUGGUGGUUGUGGGAGAUGGAAUGCAGGCUGUGGAUGCUUUAUCUGCCUUGGAAAAUGACUAUGCAAGAAAUGAAACUAAAAUUGGGGAAUGCCCUUCGUACGACUUGAUCCUAAUGGAUUGUCAAAUGCCAAAGAUGGAUGGUUAUGAAGCAACAAAGGCAAUUCGGAAAUCGGAAAUGGAAAGUGGUUCACACAUCCCAAUCGUUGCGCUGACAGCUCAUGCCAUGUCAUCGGAUGAGGCCAAAUGCUUGGAGGUGGGCAUGGAUGCGUAUCUAACGAAACCAAUUGACAGCAAGCUGAUGGUGUCCACCAUCCUUUCGCUAACAAGGAGAACCGCCUAGCCUUUACAUCCAAGCAAUCAUUUUACACAAACCAGAGCUAACACACUGGUUAUGCUAUGCAGUGCAUUUGAUGCAUCCAAAAAGAUGGUAACUUACAGCGAAAGCAAUUUUAUUAGUGCAAGUUGUACGAAAAUAUGUUUCAUAGCUGAGUAGGCGACUUUAGUUCUUUGUAAUACUUGUGUUUCCAAUUCGAACAACUUUAAACGUACAUAAGUAACGUAAUUAACCUA